CUAAGCCCCAGAAGCAGUCACGCGGUCCGCGCUGGAUUUCCUGGUGCUCUCUUUUUUAGCGUUCUGAAGGAACAAGAAAUGGGAAUAAUUAGUUCCGUUUUGCGGUGUCCGCUGCGGGCGUGAUGCUCAGCGGCUCAUCCCGGACCUCUGAAGGGAGAGUCGGCGUGCCAUUCCGCAGAAGUCCUGGUGUCAGAUGUAAAAUGAUGAAGAACUGGGGCAUGGUUGGUGGCAUUGCUGCAGCUUUUGCAGCUGGGAUAUAUGUUUUGUGGGGACCCAUCACGGACAGAAAAAAGCGCAAAAAAGGACUUGUACCUGGUCUUUUGAAUUUGGGCAACACUUGUUUUAUGAACUCCUUGCUACAAAGCUUAUCUAUCUGCCCAUCUUUCAUUCAUUGGUUGGAGGAAUUCACAUCACAGUACCAACACAAACAAAAGGACACGGCACAGCAGUACCUAUCUGUUGCUCUGCUGCAGCUUUUAAAAGCAUUGUCUAAUCAGGAGGCUGCAGAAGAUGAGGUGUUAGAUGCAAGUCCUCUUCUGGAUGUCCUAAGAACAUACAGGUGGCAAAUUUCCUCUUUUGAAGAACAGGAUGCCCAUGAGUUGUUUCAUGUGUUGACGUCAUCAUUGGAAGAAGAGAAAGAUCACCAGCCUCAAGUAACACAUCUGUUUGAUGUCAGUGCCUUAGAACUUCCUCAGAGCACUGAGCGGCAAAUUCACUGCAGGACCCAAGGCAUGUUAAACCCCAUUCCCCGGCAGUGGAAAUCUCAUCACCCUUUUCAUGGAAGACUAACCAGUAACAUGAUAUGCAAACACUGCCAGCACCAGAGCCCGAUGAGAUAUGACACAUUUGACAGCCUGUCCUUAAGUAUCCCCUCUGCAUCUUGGGGCCGCGCCAUUACCCUCAAUAACUGCCUGCAGCAUUUCUUCUCUACUGAGAGUGUUAAGGAUGUUGUCUGUGAAAACUGCACCAAAAUUCAUGCUCAAGAAAAACCAAAUGGACAAUUGGUGGAAGAUCAGAAAACAACAUUUGUUAAACAGCUGAAGCUGGGAAAGCUUCCACAGUGUUUGUGCAUCCACCUGCAGCGCCUAAGCUGGUCCAAUCAGGGUAGCCCUCUGAAACGGAAUGAACAUGUCCAGUUUAGUGAAUUCCUAGCCUUGGAUAGGUAUAGGUAUCGAUUCAAUGAAAAUGUAUUUCGCCAGCGACAGUGCAUUGUUGAAGGUGGAACUACGCAAGUAACAACUGAUGCAUCAGCAGCUUCUGAUGGGUCUCACAAUUCCAAGGUACAGUUGCUGAAUGGAACUUAUUCUACAUCCUUAUUGUCAUCUCCUAGCAUAAAUUCCAAGUCUUCUAGCCCAGAAUGCACCAGGUCGUCUUCUUCUCUCUUCCGUCUUAUGGCAGUCAUCGUUCAUCAUGGAGAUAUGCACUCAGGGCAUUUUGUUACUUAUCGACGUUCCCCUCCAGCAGCUAAGACCCCAAAGCAUCUAAGUUUGCAGUGGUUGUGGGUUUCUGAUGACACCGUCCGCAGAGCAAACAUUCAGGAGGUCCUCUCUUCUAAUGCUUACCUGCUGUUUUAUGAGCGUAUGCGGCCUAAACUACACAACCAAGGAAGCGAGACUUGGGCAGAAGAAUAAAUGGGAGACUAUGAAUCAUGCAUUUCAUACUCUGGUCAACGCUGUAUGUUUCAUCCAUCUUGGAUGGUUCUAGUCCAAAGCUAGGAAAAGACUUAUUAUGUGUGUCUACUGUCCCACCCUCCCUGGCUCUAACAUGUACAUUCAGUGAGGUCUGCCAGUAUUGUGCUGUACCACAGGCUUUAAAUUUCCACUCCUAUGGGUCCCUGUUAUUUGUAUAAGAAAGCAUUACCUUUUACAGCAUAUAGAUAGAUGGUCCUAUACAGGCACUGGCUUUUGAAAGACUUAGAAUAUUACUCCUACCAACAUAGUUAACUCCUUCAGGGUGAGUAGACCAGCCUCACACCAAUCAAGUGCUAUGUCAACAUAUCUAUAUUCUGUUUAAUUUCCUACAAUUAAAGAACAGGUCUGUCAGUCAUUCAAUGUGUACACAUAGAAGAAUGUUAUCUUUCUGAAGUUACAGGAGUCAUCCUGUUGUUGGGAAGAAAACAGGAAAUAAUAUAAAGUAAAAAGACACUACUCAAAUCUUCAAUCCCUGCUGAUCCUGCAGAGAUGCUUCUACAGUCUCCUGCCAGUAAUGACUUGCUGUCGCUGCACAAUUUGGUGAGACCAGUAGUAUGGCAUGUGACAGUGGCCGAAGUCAGCGAUUGGCUGCGGAUGCCCAUGUCUGACUUCUGAGGCCAUUAAUAGGCUGCAGCAGUCACAUGUUGGCAUGGAUGUCAUUGCUGGCAGCUUGUUAGAUGAUUUAUUAUGCUUUAAUUUAACAUUGAUAAAAAACUAUUUUCCUGAAACUGCCAAUCAAACACAAUGUGACAUUAUUAUGCUUACAAGAUAUGAGAUUAUUCAGGUAAUAUUUCCAGGCUUGUUUUUUUUUUUGUCCCCUGAAUCGAGCCACAAAAAGUUAAUUUUAUUGAUGUAUUAAAUGCAUUUCUUGUAUAUAGCUGUACAUAAGAGAUAUUUAUUCUUAUCUGGACAAAUUGUAUUAAAUGACUUAUUCAUCUGAUUAGUUUUAAUAAUAUGUUAAAUAUCAAUGAGAAUAAAAUUGUUUUGUUGAAGGAGGUCAGAGUUCCAUUUAUUUAUUUUAAAUGAUGUAAAUGUCAGGAUUGUAAUUUGCUGGAAUUGAAUUACUAUUCAGCUUUCUAUAAGAAGCAUCUAAGGCCAUAUUCACAUGUCCAGGUCUGGUUUGCGGACGCAAAAGUUCAAUUCAUUUGCAUCUGCAUAGGUCCUAGUUCAGCAAAUGUCGGUUGUUUUUUAUUAUUUCACAACAGCUCAGUAAAAACAGAGCACAUAAGGAUAGCAUCUGUGGUUUCAACAGACCAAUGGAAUAGAAUGAGCAAGUUUGUAUGCAAAACUGACCAAAGUAGUGCAUUGCUCUGUGUGUUUCCUGCAGACCAAUGGUCCACGUAGACUCAGACAUCUGCUGUUUAUGGAGAACACUGAUAGCACACUUACAUCCAUCCCUGACCAUUGAAUGAGCCCUACAGCUUCUGACUUUACAACCACAUGGCCAUUCAUUGAGAUUGUCCCAGAUUUCAGGCGCUGUCUUGCUAGUGGCAAGCAAAAAUUCUUAGUAUUGUUCUCAAACUGCAAAGAUUGUAACAGAAAAUUAUAUCUCCAUUUGAUUUUCUGCAUUUAAAGCAGAUCUGUCAUCUGACUAUGCCUUAGGUAAGGAUAAGCAUAGCAAAGGUUUACUGUACUACUAUUCAAAACAUGACAAAAUUGUAGGAGCUAAUCUAGAAUUGACUGGACACAGUUAUGCCCAGUGCCCUUUUCUUAGCUAGCUGACUAAAAGAAGACUGAAGGAGAGGUGUAGCAAACUAAGUUUAAGAAGCGACUAAGGGCUCAUUCAGACGAUCGUAAGGGCUCUAUGCCCGUUCAGCGAACUGCAAAUAUACGGGCACUGGC